AUGCAGACCAGCCAGUUAUACAACAUAGGUUGUGCAUUCCCGUCCCGGUGGCACGGCCGCUGGUUCCAAUCGGGCGUGAUCCAGCCGAUCCUCAUCGAAGGAGACAGACUGUCUAACAAAGGACGGUGCCUAUCUUCGGAAGGAGAUAAGUUUCUUAUUGUUGAUGAAAAAGGCUGUUACCGCUGCGUAGUGAUGCAUGAAAAACAUAAAAACGUUCUACAAUAUAAAGAAACAUUUUGCCAUCGAAGAGACGCCUUACCGCACCUGUGUUCUUUGAUUACUGGAGACGCUUUACUUUACUCAAUGUUUAGAGAAAACGCGGAUCCCGUCGACUGCCCAUUGAAGGGACCGUUUUCUUUUACUUAUAAUAGAGGUCAUGGUGACUGUAAGAGUCCAGUUUCAUCUAUCGAGAGCUGCACAGAAGACUCGAGACUACUCCUCAAUUAUCAAGCAUGUCCAGAUGUGUACGGCUCCGAAAGUACAGUGGAAGAGCUAGAAUGCCUGGCGACAUGGAAGGAAGGUAGUCUCCGCUUCUUAGUAGGCAAGCUGCACCACAACCACGCGACCAGCAACGAGGACCGGUACAGAUGCUUCGUUUAUGAGAAGACGAAUGACUUACUUCUCAACCCACGUGUUACAGCAACCGGUACAGUGAAGGAGCAGGUGAUCCCGCCGGGUGGCAUCGAGUACAGGGUCGCACAAUCGGGAGACGCAACAUGCAACGGACUGUUCAGUGCUACCGAAGGUUCCAGAACUAUGGCUCUUAAACGUGUCCGCUUCAACUGCCAGUUCCCUACGUGGAUGACGUUCUCCCACACGUGGCACACGCUGGACUUCACCAGCAACUACACGUUCUACCAGCGGAACGCCACGUUGAGGAUAACCAACCAGACUGGCGCAGACAUCAAGGUGUACUGCGUCAAUGUGAAGGCGAGCUCGCCGAGCGGGAACUCUGUCGCACUGGUUGCACAUUGGCAGCACCAUUGUGUAUCCCGCUACGUGUGCGUGGUCCUGUACCGGCGCGACACGUACAUCGCGGAGCUGCAGCGCGGCGCGCCGACGUCGCGCCCGGACGACGCCUGCUCGCCGCAUCACUUCAAUGCUGUCACUGCGCCUUAUGUCACUUUAGUAGCAAGCAAUCCCGAAUCAAAAGAGUGUCCCUAUUCCGGAAAAUAUGAAAUACAAAAUCGUCGCAAGAGAGAUACGAGAUCGAGUGAAGAUAAUAGUAGUAAGAGAGAGAAAGCAAUGCUGGAACAUAAUCGUAGGGUUAAUGGGAGUAGGUUGUUCAAUUUUAGCGUAAGCAACAUGUCCAGUGCUCCCAUGUUGAGGAGUAGAAGGGAGUCGGAGGGAGAAGUAGCCUGCGUCGUCAACAGCUACAACAGGCUAGAAGUUGGCUGCAACUCCGUCAAGAAUAUGGAGUUCUAUUCCACGUGUGAGAAUAGAGAAGUCGUCACUGCUUACACGUGUCACGGCGGCUGGUACGAGAACGGCGCGUCGUUCGUGGUGACGACGCCGGUGACGCGCGACAGCACGGCGGCGCGGCGGUACUGCUUCGUGGCGCGCGACCAGCCGCGCGCCGCGCUCGCUCUGCGUCGCUCCGCCACCAACUGCGACCGCACUGACACCGCGCCGCAUCUACUCUUUGACGCCACCGCUACUGGUGAAUGUCAAGAUCAAACGAGCCAUCAACCAGCUCUGAGGAUAUCCCUAACUUUUGUAAUAUGUCUCCCAAUCAUACACUACGUAAUACCGAGAUGAUUCCUAGUAAACGACACAAAAUAAGUCAUUUCGGACCCCUCACCCUUGUAAUUAUAGCUACGAAAAUAGGCAGGCUUAGAAACUAUUUAGUACCACCUUUAGUUACAACACUUUGUAAACAUAAAUAACAAGCCUUUUUUCCAGUAAUUUUCGUUAAAAAAUUAAUAUUGUAAAACAUUUAAAAUCGAUUAUAACGUUUAUCAAUCAUAGAUAGAUUCAAUCGCCUAAAACAUGAUAUUGCCAUAACAAAAAAUAGCUAAAAUAACGAAUAACCGUUAUUUUAAAGUUGUUAUUUCAUUAUAUUUAAAUGUACAAUUUUAGAUAAUAAAUUGACAUGAUAGAUGUCGUCUUGAUUGCACAAAAUGCACGUAUAUUUCUUGAUUUCUUCUUUUUUAUGAUUGUUGCCUCCAAGUUAAAUUAUUUUUGAUAACUGAACUAAUAAUAUUGUAGGAGGGUCGAUUGUAAUAAGAAAAAAGUAACUCUGGAGGUGGUCAAUGGGCUACCGUUUUUUACUCACUAAAUAGCUCCA